AUGAUCCCGAAGCUGUCAGAACCGCUUAUAUGCGGUCCCAGGGCUCUUCUAAACCCGUUGGUGCCGACGGCAGAGAACGCUUUCAACCCGUGCUUCCUAUCGCAGCUCUUACUUCUUUUGGCGAUCUUCAUCAGCCUUCCUGCCAUAUACCAACUUGCAACCCUGCUAAGAAGUCCUAGAUAUGGGUCAUUUUCCAUAAAAAGCACAAGGUUCGUGCACUACUUACGAUGUUUCCUUGUGGCCUGGGGAACGCUUCUCUCGUUGUGGUUGACAGCUCAGAUAAGCAUUCAUGAACGAUACGCAGACUACAAGCUUGCUGGGUUCGCAUCAAUCACUUUAGUAUUGGCACUUGUUGUUCUACCUUUGCAUAUAAUAGAGCCUUUGACCAUGCCAAUCCAAUCGGGCGUUUUGUUGUCAUUCUGGCCUGUCCUCGCCUUACUUCAGGCAUCCAUAUUUUACCAGGACAAGUACACGAAUUGGCCUCUUCUACUUCAUACUGAGGCUGUUCUUGUUGAACUAGCAUCUUUCAUCAUUUCCAUUGUGGUGUUUUUCCUCGAAGCAUCAAAGCGUGCGUGGAAACCAUCUCAUGAGCUUCUCCUUCAUUACAUGAAUGACGAGGCUUUGGCAUUGGAGCUCAAGAAGCCUAACUUCGUCGAACGGAUAACAUACACUUGGAUGAAUAAGCUUAUUACUAGUUCAUAUGAAAAUGGUACGCUUUCUCACCAAGACUUGCCUGAGAUUCCUUCCCGUAUAUCAACAGAAUUAUACAUGCAACGCCUUUCUAAACACUAUGACCCCAAGAAAAAUCAAAACGUCAACAAAAGCGGUCUUCUAUGGGCAUUGAUCAAGGCCUUCGGCCCUUUGGGUCUCAUAUCAUUUUUUUAUGAGUUGAUCGAUAAAGUCCUUAAUUUUGUUCAACCUCAGCUCUUGAGACUCUUGAUCGUAUUCGUGAGCGACAAAGUUUCUGACCCGACUGUACCAGCAUUAAGGGGUUUUCUUAUCUCUUUUGGUAUGUUUUUUGUCACUCUUAUUCAAACGUCCAUGGCUAAUAGUUUCAUGAUGAGAAUUCAAGAAUUCGGCUUCAGUUUUCGUGCUUCCUUGACUUCUAUGGUGUUUCAAAAGAGUCUUCGGAUCUCGAACCAGGCUCUUUCUGAGCGCUCCAGUGGAGACAUUGUCAACCUCAUAUCGAUUGACGCUCCAAGAGUACAGAAUUGCGCUCAAGAAAUUAGCACUCUAAUAAUAGCACCAACUGAAUUUGUUAUUUGCAUGAUUUCCUUGUGGGCGCUUCUAGGGAAAGCUAGUUUUGCUGGCGCAGGUGUAAUCUUAUUUUCAUUUCCAGCUAACGCUGUCAUUGUCCGCUUUCAGAAGCGCCUCUCUAAGAAACAAAUGAAGAUCAAGGACGAGAGAAAUCGUGUGACCAAUGAAAUUCUUACAUCAAUGAGGUCUAUUAAGUUCUACGCUUGGGAGCAACCUUUGCUCAAGCAAUUGCUUGAUAUAAGAAAUGGCCGCGAGUUAAAAAAUCUAAGGAAGAAAAGAUUAUUGGGCCAGGUAUCCAGCUUUCUAUGGAUUUUGAUCCCUUUCCUAGUAUCUUUUGCUACUUUUGCAACAUUUGCUGUCACGAGCUCAAUUCCUCUCACCUCAGACAUCGUCUUUCCCGCGUUGACAUUGCUUGAAAUUCUUUCCAAGCCUAUUCUCAACUUUCCAGCUGUUUUCACCUACAUAAUCGAUGGCUCAGUGGCACUAGACAGAAUUACUAACUUUCUUAGAAGUCCCGAAGUUGAUGAGAACAUUCUUGCCAUCAAGCCAAGCAACCACAAAACGUCUUUGGAGAUUCAAAAUCUAUCGUUUCUUUGGAGUAAACCUGACACCAAUGAGAUAACCGAAGAUAUGGAUUUUGCCAGCUUCAAGUACGCUCUUCGAAAUAUUAACUUGAAGGCGCAAAAAGGUGACUUUGUUUGCAUUGUAGGUCGAGUGGGAUCCGGCAAGUCCGCUUUGCUCUCCUCCAUAAUCGGCCAACUUGAGGCUAUUCAUUCUUCGGCACCUCAUAAAAAACCGUCUCCCAUUAAGCUUCACGGUAGCAUUGCCUAUUGCACACAAAAUCCAUGGAUCAUGAAUGCAUCAGUUAAAGAAAACAUUCUUUUUGGGCAUCAACUUGACGAAGAGUAUUAUCAACGCACCAUCGAAGCAUGUCAGCUUCUCCCGGAUUUAAAAGUGCUCCCGGACAAUGAUGAUACGCAAGUUGGCGAAAAGGGCAUAUCUUUAUCCGGAGGUCAGAAAGCCAGAUUGGCUUUAGCGCGUGCUGUCUAUGCCAGGGCCAACAUAUACGUCCUUGACGACGUGUUGAGUGCAGUUGACAGUCAUGUAGGUAAAAACAUCAUUGAUCAGAUUUUCAGUAAAAGGGGUCUAUUGGCGGCACUGACAGUGGUUCUAGCAACAAACAAUAUCCCUGUAUUGCUGUACGCUACAAAAAUAUACUAUCUAGAGAAUGGAAGGAUGAGAGAAGAAGCAAAAUACAACGAAAUCAAUCUGGAUAGCUACCCCAAGCUUCACAGCUUGAUUAGCGAAUUUGGUUCAGGCUCAGAAUCAAUCAGUUCGUUUUCUGAUGACAGCGACUCCGAAGUGAUCCAGGUACCAUUACCGAAGAGAGCAAGUAUUGCACCAUUUGAGUGGGAUCCUCUCAAGAAGAAUACCUCUGCAAAGAGAACAGCGCAAUCAGCAGAGGUUUCUGCAAAGGGCAAAGUAAAGUGGGAGAUUUAUUACGACUAUAUCAAGGCCUGUUCUCUUAGUGGCGUACUUGUGUGGGUUGCCAUUUUUAUCGCAUCGACUCUCAUUUCUGUUCGUACAACAUACUGGCUUAAAGAGUGGGCGGAGAGAAACUCCUCCAUCGGGGACAACUCCGAAGCGUUCAGGUUUAUACUGAUAUAUGCAGCUUUGGGCCUCACGACAAGUAUCUUGACCCUGGCCCGAGGCGUCUUGUUUUGGGCAUUCUUGGGUCUUCGUGGUGGUAAAGUUAUACAUGAGCGAAUGGCUCGUCGUAUUAUGAAAGCUCCCAUGCUUUUCUUCGAGAGAACCCCUGUUGGAAGAAUCAUGAACCGAUUCAGUAACGAUGUGAAUAAAGUCGAUGAUGCCUUACCCAGAUCAUUCAACAACUUCCUCAAUGCUUGUUUGAAAACCACGAUGACCCUUGUGAUUGUGGUUUUCGCAAUCCCUCCAUCCUUCUUUGUAUUGGUUGUGUCGGCAUUCUCGUACAGAUACUUCCAGAUAUAUUACAUUGCUGUGCAGAGAGAAAUCAAGAGGCUAGUUUCAGUGUCUCGGUCUCCAAUCUUUGCACACUUCCACGAAAGCUUGACUGGUGCGGAUACGAUACGAGCUUACAGACAACAGGAUAGAUUUCUUUUCAUCAAUGAUGCCAACGUGGACUUCAACCUUCGAAGUCUCUACAUGUUGCGUUCUGUGAAUAGGUGGCUUUCAGUCAGAUUGCAAAUGAUGGGAUCUCUUUUGAUUUGGAUCUCCUCAUCACUUUUGAUCUACAGGGCUUCUUCUGCCAAACCAUUGAGUGCUGGUAUGGUGGGAUUUGUGAUGAGCUAUUCUUUGCAAGUCACCAGCUGGCUUAGGUUGAUUGUCCGCUUCUCUGCUGAAGUGGAGUCGAAUAUCGUUUCGGUAGAGAGGUGUCUUGAGUACGCAGAAUUGGAACCUGAGGAAAACCCCGACACUCAAUACGUCAAGAGAAUCCCAUUGUGGCCAGAGCAUGGAGAGAUAAAGAUCACAGAUUACUCUGCUAGAUAUGCGAAGAAUCUUGAUUUGGUACUCAAGCAAGUGAAUUUUGACGUCAAGCCUGGAGAGAAGAUCGGCGUGGUUGGACGUACUGGCGCUGGCAAAAGCUCGUUGGUCUUGGCCAUAUUCCGCAUGCUCUCUGCCAGUGAGGGAACUAUUCGCAUCGACAAUAUAGAUAUUCUGAAGAUGCGUCUUUUUGACCUCAGACACAAUCUCAGUAUUAUCCCUCAGGACUCGCACCUAUUUGAAGGCACCUUGAGACAGAAUCUCGAUCCCUUCUGUGAACAUAGCGAUGAGAAACUAUGGCACGUUUUGGAGCUUUCUAACCUCAAAACUUCCGUCGAGCGCCUUGACGGUGGCCUAGGCUUGGAUAGUCGGGUAAGUGAAGGAGGAAGCAACUUUUCUGCUGGUCAGAAACAACUCAUGUGUUUGGGACGAGCUCUCCUAAACCCAUCCAGGGUUUUACUUCUUGACGAAGCCACUGCGGCUGUGGACGUGCAAACAGACAAAAUAAUACAGGAGACAAUCCGUCGUGAAUUUAGAGAAAAGACAAUCAUUACAAUUGCACAUCGCUUGGAUACUGUUAUGGAUAGCGAUCGCAUAUUAGUGUUGGAUCAUGGAGAGGUCAAGGAGUUUGAUACGCCUGGCCGCCUUCUUCGAGACCCCAACAGUGAAUUCCGAAGCAUGUGCGAAGCUAAUAAAUAG